UCAGUGGGGGGAGUUGUUCAGGUGGGAGGUGUUGUCUCAGUGGGUGGAGGUGUCCCGCUGGGUGGAGGUGUCCCGCUGGGUGGAGGUGUCCCGCUGGGUGGAGGUGUCCCGAUGAUGAAGAAGAGCGAGGAAGACGAGUACUGGAACAGCUCCAAGUUCAGAGCCUUCACCUUCGAUGACGAAGACGACGAGUUCAGCAGACUCAAAGAGUCGCGGCAGGCCAUCCGUCGGCUGGCGGAGGAAGACGAAGAUGAAGACGAGGUGGAGAAAGUCAGCUGGAGCGGCGAGCCAAUCGGCAGCAUCUCCUGGUCUGUGAAGGAGACGGAAGCGUCCAAUCAGAGGACGGACAGAGAGCCCGCCUUCCCCAGAAUCACCACGGACACGCCCACUCUGAGCAAGAGCCAAUCAGGAUCCUCCCUCAGCUCCCUCAGCUCCCUGUUCAAAGGAAAAACCAGAGGAAACUUCCAGAACAUCAGUGAAACUCCGUCUGUCCGUCUCUUCGCUCCUGAACUGAGGAAGUCCAGGACUGAUACCAAGGAUUCUGACGGCGAGUUCUCACCUGAAGAGACGGUCCGGAGGAUGCAGCACGGGAAGGCGGUGUCCCUGGAGAAGUUCCGCUCUCUGCAGGACAAACUGCUGCUGCUGGACUCUGCUGUCCUCGGUCACCAUGGAAACGUCAUCACUGCUGUUCUGAUCCACCUGAAGAGGACUCUGAGUAAAGACGUCCUGUUUGCAGAGCUGCGGUCCAGACAGACGGCUCUGAGACACUUCGUCCAGUACCUGACCGAGACCCGAGACCAGGACCUGCUGCUGGAGCUGCUCAGGUCCCUGAACAGGACGGAGGACGUGGCGCUGCUGCAGUACCGAGAACAGCUGAGCCUCAGCGACGCCCCCAGGAGGCGGGACUUCCUGAAGACCUGCCUCAGCCUUCCAUUCUCUGCAGACGACCUGGCCCACAUCCAGGAUCAGCACGACCUGCUGGACCGACAGAUCCUCAUAGAGGACUCGGACGCAGCAGUGGAGCGUGAGGGGAAGCUGGACGUCUUCAGGAAGUUUCCUCGGAAAGCUUCAAUCCUGAACAUGCCUGUGAUUACUACCCUGUACUACUGCUGCCUGUACCACUACUCUGAGCAGGGGACCUUCAGCAGUCCGUCCAGCGUCCGGCAGACCUUCAAGCUCUCGGAGAAGCAGUACUUCGUGACGGCGCUGGCGGCGCGGGCCAAGCUGAAGGCGUGGACGGACGUGGACGCUCUGUUCAGCAGCAGGAACUGGCUGGGCUUCACCCGCAAGAGAGCUCCAAUCAGCUUCCAGCGCGUGGUGGACAUCCUGCACCGAAACUCCGCCCCCUCCCAGGUCCUGCAGGACUACAUUGGCCUGGUGGACGACCCCCAGCAGCGGGUGUCUCUGGCGUCCAGACACCGGUGUCACGACGUCGUCAUCAACACGUAUCGGGACAUGAAGGACCGGCAGCUGUUGCUAGGAUACCGUGCGAAGGUGGAGCGGGGCUCGGCGGCCGAGAGGAAGAUCGACGAACUCCUCAGCCAACCGCAAAUCCGCUGGAAGAACUGACCGACAACCGACUCACAGCCAUCCAACAACCGACCGUCAACCGACUGACAGCCAUCCAACAACCGACCGUCAACCGACUGACAGCCAUCCAACAACCGACCGACAACCGACUGACAGCCACCCAACAACCAACCGACAACCGACUGACAGCCAUCCAACAACCGACCGUCAACCGACUGACAACAGACAACCAACAACCGACUGACUGACGAUUGACAACCGACUGACAGCCAUCCAACAACCGACUGACAGCCAUCCAACAACCGACCGACAACCAACUGACAGCCAUCCAACAACCGACUGACAACAGACAACCAACAACCGACUGACUGACGAUUGACAACCGACUGACAGCCAUCCAACAACCGACUGACAUCUGACUGACAACUAACAACCGACUGACAGCCAUCCAACAAUCGACUGACAUCUGACUGACAACUAACAACCAACUGACAGCCAUCCAACAACCGACUGACAACAGACAACCAACAACCGACUGACUGACGAUUGACAACCGACUGACAGCCAUCCAACAACCGACUGACAGCCAUCCAACAACCGACCGACAACCAACUGACAGCCAUCCAACAACCGACUGACAACAGACAACCAACAACCGACUGACUGACGAUUGACAACCGACUGACAGCCAUCCAACAACCGACUGACAUCUGACUGACAACUAACAACCGACUGACAGCCAUCCAACAACCGACUGACAUCUGACUGACAACUAACAACCAACUGACAGCCAUCCAACAACCGACUGACAACAGACAACCAACAACCGACUGACUGACGAUUGACAACCGACUGACAGCCAUCCAACAACCGACUGACAUCUGACUGACAACUAACAACCGACUGACAACCAACAACCGACCGACAACCAACAACCGACUGACAACUGACAACCGACUGACUGACUGACAACCGACUGACAGCCAUCCAACAACUGACUGACGUCUGACUGACAACCAACAACCGAC